CUUCAUUCAGUAGUUCAGUCCACUACCGCAGUGAGUGAUUUGAAACGAAAGUUGCUGCACGUCAGCUCGCGUAAUUUUUGGCGGGAAAUAAAAUCGAGUAAGAAGUGGAAACUUAAAUUACACAAGGUAAACACAAUGACAGAAAAAGAAGCAGAGCUGAUGGAAAAGAAUGAAACGGGAAACGGCAUGGCAGCCGCGUGUGGAAGUGCUGUCAAACUGAAAAGAGAACUAGGCUUGUUCUCAGCCGUCAACUUGAUACUUGGUGUAAUGAUUGGAUCCGGAAUUUUCGUAUCCCCAUCAUCAGCACUUGAACACUCCGGAUCUGUAGCGCUAUGUCUUAUUAUAUGGACAGUUUCCGGAAUUAUAUCCUUAUUAGGAGCUUUAUCAUUUGCUGAACUGGGAACUGUAGUCGGUAAAUCCGGAGCUGAAUACUCGUAUUUCCAAGAAGCUUUUGGAGGAAUUCACAAAUUUUGGGGACCAUUGCCAUCAUUUAUAUGUGCAUGGAUUUACGUCGUUAUAUUGAGGCCCGCAGAGGUCGCUAUAAUCGUUAUGACAUUUGCCGAAUACGCAAUUCAACCGUUCACACCUAAUUUGGACCCAGAAUAUAAAGAAAUAGCUAUUAAAUUAGCGUCUAUAUCUGCAUUAUUUCAAGUGAAUAAAGUACACAGUCUAAAAAUGUCUUCUGACCGAAAUAAAGAAACAAGAGACGCUGUAAAACGCGAAAUAAAAGAAAUACAAGCGCGCUGCAAACAUGAGUGGAAUGUUAUCGACAAUUCGCCGUUGGACACGCCCAAUAUAGACUUGCAACAAAUCAACGAAAAAGCGCUUUGUUAUAUCGAGGGUCUGGGCACUGAGAUUCAAAAUUCGAAUACUCCAAUCACGGCAGACGAUAACCUUCUAACCAGCCAGUUUUUGAAAGAGAUUAGAGAUAAAACUAACCAAGUAGAAGAGUAUACAGCUUUUGUGAGAGGUUCCAUACAUGAUAUUGAUGCUGAGAUAAACAGAUUACAAACCUUAAUCACAAUAACACAAGAAGCAAAGUCCCGUCCGAUGCUGAACAAGUGUGAAGUGCAGCCAGAACAUGUGCACAGAGCUAAAGAAAGGUUCCAGGUGAUGAAGAAUGAGCUCCACAGCCUCAUACAUUCACUGUUCCCUAACUCAGAUACUUUGAUCAUUGAGACUAUGGGGCAACUAAUGGCUGAGCAUCUAAAUGAAGAAUCUAAUGGGUACAUUCCAGUUACAUCUGAAACAUUUCAAAUAAUAGAAUUACUGAAAGAUAUGAAAAUAGUUACUGUCAACCCAUACAACAAGAUGGAAUCAGUUUCAAAGCUUGAUUUUUACGGAUAUUGUCCUGUAAUUAUUAUGACAUACAUUAACAUAACUAGUGUGAAGCUGUUUGUUAAAGUGCAGAAUAUAUUUGGAGUUUGCAAAGUGUUUGCCUGUCUCAUUGUCAUUGGAGGAGGAAUCUAUGAGAUUUGUCAAGGUAACACAGAACACCUAAACAAAGGCUUUGAAGGCAGCACCUUCAGCCCAGGAGGUAUUGCCUUAGCAUUGUACUCAGGACUAUGGGCUUAUGACGGAUGGAACAGUGUCACUGUCGUUACUGAGGAGAUUAUUAACCCUGGAGUUAACGUGCCCCUCAGUAUAUCAAUCGCGGUACCCCUAAUAACAGCACUCUACGUUUUCAUGAACGUAGCCUACAUGACGGUACUAAGUUACACCGAAAUGACGUCAGUUCCGGCCGUGGCAGUGGCCUUUGGAGCGAGGGUACUUGGACCAGCCAGUUUUCUCAUACCACUCGGCGUUGCCAUAGCAACCUUUGGUUGUGCUAUGAGCGUGCAGUUUGGUGUUACCAGAGUAUGUUACACGGCUGCGCGAGGAGGUCACAUGUUAGAAGUUUUCUCCUAUGUUAAUGUAAAGAGACUGACGCCUGCGCCUGCAGUAGCAUUCCAGGCAAUACUAACUACAAUAUUUAUAGCAGUUGGCAACAUUAAAACUCUGAUAGAGUUUGCGAGUUGGUUCCUAUGGUUCUUCUAUGGGCUUGCAAUGGUUGCUUUAUUAGUUCUACGGAAAACGCAGGCAACAAAACCACGGCCGUACAGAGUACCGACCAUUGUGCCUUGUUUUGUGUUGGUAGUGGCAAUAUUCCUCUCAGUGUUGCCAAUAGUACACGACCCAUCACUCAAGUAUUUAAUGGCUGUGGGCUUCAUAGUGAUGGGCGCCACCGUCUACACUGUAUUUGUAUAUUAUAAGAAAACUCCGACUGCUAUUUUAAGAAAAUUCACAUUCCUGACUCAAGUCCUGUUCGAAAGUGUGCCGCCCAGCGAUCGUCAUCAAGACUGAUUCUAAUAAUU